AUGUCACCACCUGUGCUUCGCCGCACCUGCUCGGAGUUCGCCGCCCAGUCAGUUCGCCUGAGCAACGUCGAGUUGCUCCGCGUACCUUCCCGUGGGACUGUCGUCCAGGAGUUGCUCCAGGAAUAUGGACUGGAGCCUUCCUUUCCUUCCGAAGUGGAGAUCGAAGCCCAAGAUCUCGCAAGCGCACCGCGCAGUGGCAUAGAUGAUCCUAGCCUGGAAGAUCGGACCUCUUGGCCUUAUGUCACCAUCGACGGUCCCUACACCCGGGAUUUGGACCAGGCCAUCUUUAUCAGGCGAGUGGGUGAAGGAUACUUGGUGUCCUAUGCCUUGGCGGAUGGCUGUUUCUACAUGCCCCAAAACAGCCUGCUCUUCAAGCAGGCCUUAGAGCAAAGAGGGGGGUCGAGCUUCUACUUGCCUAGGUGUUGUGUUCCGAUGCUACCCAGGGUACUCUCUGAAGAUGCGAUGUCCCUCAAUGAGAGGGUGGUCCGGAGAGCCCUUUGCAUGGAGAUGGAACUGGACUCUCAGGGGAAGGUUACCUGCACCAAGGCCGUGAGGGGUAAGAUCUACAGUCAUGCUAAGCUUACUUUUCAAGGGGUCGAGAACUUCUUGGAAGGGAAGCCUCCAGAGUGCCACGACUUUCUUCACCAACCGUAUGCAGAGACGCUGCAGCUGCUACAGAAAGUGGGCAACUUACGCCGGGCCUUAGCCCGGGAGCGGAAUGUGGUCGAAUACAAGCGGCACCGGAAUGAUGUGAGCAUCAACGACGAUGGCUCCAUCAUGGUGCUAAGGGAGGAGCAACUCCGAACCGAGCUUUAUAAUGAACAGAUCUCCUUGAUGGUGAACAUAGAGGGGGCCGAGCUUCUGAAAAGAUAUUCCUCAGAAGCCCAAAACCUGAAGAUCGAGCCAAUCUUUCGUGCCCAGAAUGCCCCCACAGAGAAGACCCUGGAUUGCCUUACCUCCUUUAUCGACGACUUGAUCCGGGUCCACAGCUUAGAUCCCCCUUUGUGGAGAUGGAGUCGGGAUGGAACGGAAUCCUUAGCGGCAUACCUCAAGCGCUUGUGGUACUUCACCGAGGAGGAUCCUGACAUGCAUUGUGUAUUCAUGGCCAUCAAUCGCCGGGCCAUGAUGAGCAACAAGCCUGCAAAGUUUCAGGCCGAGCUCGGUCUACACGAAUCCCUCCAGGCCAUCUACGCACGCUUCUCAUCCCCAAUGAGAGAGCUGGUCGGCUGCUUUACGCAUUGUGAGCUGGGUCAGGCCAUGGGCUGGAUUCCUGCUGCCGACGAUAGUGUGCUGAGAACCCGAGUGAUCCAAGUCGGAAACGAGGCCAAGACUAGGCAGAAGAAGAUCAGUCGAGAUUUGGAGGAGGUUGCCUUGCGAUCUCUUUGCGUCCCAGAGCUCCGAAAACCGCGAUCGGAACGCCCAGUUUGGAUUGGCGUCAUUCUUGGCGUCGGGGCCAAAAAGCAGGGGCAGCAUGCAUACGUGGAGCUGGCAGAUCCCCCCAUGGAGGUGAAGGUGUACUUGCGUUUGCGAGGCUGCCCACAGCAGUACAAGGUCAAAGAAGCCGUUACUUUGGUCCCUGCUGACAUCGAUGCCCGGAGCUGGCGCGUUGGGGAGCGUGUGGGACUGCGCGUGACAAAGAUGCUACCGCCGAAAGAGGUGGGCAAAGGGGUCGAGGACGAGACGUCACCCAAAGCCCAAAAGGGCGCCAAGUUCCUCUUCGAGUUCGUUGAGCCCGCACCAGCUGCGCGAUAUGCCGAGCAGAGUCAUAAGAUGUGGGCUGAAGUCCACCUUGGCUCAGGCGCAGGCUUGCUCUGA